CCCGACCAACUCUACGAAUGCUUGGCUGCAACACUCGACAAUCCACCUUCAAAAACAGCAUUAGAGCAGCACUUACCAACAAUCCGUGACAUAAUUUUGCGCUUGUUGCAAUCGUUGAAGCAUAAACAGGCCCAAGUGCGCGAGGCACCGCCUGCAUCAAUUGCACCCCUUCGUCGCACAUCGCGCGGUAGUAGCAGCAACAAUAGCACGACGUCGUCAACAUCGUCAUCGUCGUCGCCCGUCAGCUCUCCGCGUGCAAGUCAUCGGUCAUCUUCUUCUAUAAUGUCACAUAGCAAUGCUGCUGCUGUCCGUAGCUCUGAUCUUGAUAUGACCGACGUGAAUACACAAAACGCGCUCGAUGCGCUCAAGCAACAGGAUAACCUAGCCCGUAGGUCAUCAGUUCGACGCGCGAACACUUUGCACAGUGAUGGUAAUUCACCUGUGACACCACCCCGGCGACAUCCGACAUUGAUCCGUCGAAACAAUGAUGGUGUGCCGCCACCGCCGCCAAUCGUAUCGCCACAACAGCGACUGUGUCAUUCCGCAACGACAUCAAAUGCAGUAGAAGAGAAAGAGAAGCAACGGGUGGAGAGAAAAGGUGAUUAUGCAACCUGGAAAAAAGCAAGAGACAGCGAGACUCCGCAGGGAAUAUUUGUGGGGGGUGAAGAUGUGUUGUGAAUGUGUAUUUAUGUGGGACAAGGCUGGUUUUUUGUUGACAUGCUAAAACCCAAAAUAGCUGGGAGCCUAUCAGGUGCAUUCCCUUUGUUUUUGCAAAUGGGCGACCAGGUG